AUGGCAGCUAUAUUCCGAAUUGCAGUAGAAGAAUUUAGUGAAGGCUUUCACGAAGCACUUCAAUUUGCCUACUAUACCUUUAUUUCUGAUUGUUUUUCCAGUAUUCAAGGCUUUUUAUCGGCCCCUAUUCCGGCUAUAAUCUAUUAUUUCGCAAAUUUCUCCUACUUUAUUAUAUUUAUUAAUAGGGGGUAUAGGGUUGCUAUUGCGGUCUUUUCCGGGGAGGAAGUCCCAGCGGACAAUUAUUCUACCGGCGCCAUUAUCGAUAUAUAUUUCGUUUAUACCCUCGUAUUUAUCGAAGUUAGGUUUUACAGCAAUACGGAGUAUAUACCGUUAGAGAGGUUUGAGGCGGAGGCGGUCGUCGCCGGCGCAGUCCUUAUUAUAAUAGUAGUAGUGUUUAGGAGUAUUCUUACUAUCUAUUAUUGUGCUUAA